AUGUCUUAUAUGCUGUCACAUCUUCACAAUGGGUGGCAAGUAGAUCAAGCAAUUUUGUCGGAAGAAGAUAGAGUAGUUGUUAUUAGAUUUGGUCAUGACUGGGACCCAAUGUGUAUGAAAAUGGAUGAAGUUCUUUAUAAUAUUGCUGAAAAAGUAAAAAACUUUGCUGUUAUUUAUUUAGUUGAUAUUACGCAAGUACCAGACUUUAACAAAAUGUAUGAGUUAUAUGACCCUUGCACAGUCAUGUUCUUCUUUAGAAAUAAACAUAUAAUGAUUGACUUGGGAACUGGAAAUAAUAACAAAAUAAACUGGACACUAGAAGAUAAACAGGAAAUGAUCGAUAUAAUUGAAACAGUCUAUAGAGGUGCCAGAAAAGGUAGGGGUUUAGUUGUUUCACCUAAAGAUUAUUCUACAAAAUAUAGAUAUUAAAUUUAUUUUAUUAAUAGAAUUUUAUAAAAAAUAAUUAUUUUGUAUUGAUGUGUUUGUAACUUGGGGAGAAUAUGUGAUAACUAAGUUUAUAUUGCUAAAUAAAAAAAAAGGACUUAUAAAUGGAAUUGUGUAAUGUACAUUGCAUAUAAUUUUUUUUGAAUCAUAUAAUAUAAACUUUUUGUUACAUAUCUUUAUAUUAUACAUCUCAAAGCUACUGACUAGUUUUAUAUUUGAAUUUGGUACCAGUCUUAUUUCUUUUUGGAAGUACCUUGAUGAAAUGGAUCCAUAGGUGGUGGUUUAUCUGAAAAAUGAUCAUUUUAGUAAUUAUACUUAAAAGAAUGUUAAACAAUCUUUUUUAGUACCAGGUACAAUAAACUUACAAGUUUUUAAACAGUAGGGAUUUUUUAACACUUGUUUUAUGCAAUUAUAUAUGUAAGCAUAUUGACUCUGAAAUUUAAUGAAAAAUUGUAAAUAAAAUAUAACUUAUAUAAAUAUGAAUAUAAAGUAUCUUUAACUUUCUUACUUCUUUCUGUACCAUAUUAAUUCUAUGGCGCCGUAAUCUAUAUACUGUUCCAAAUACAUCUAAUUUUCUAUUAUCUCGAAUAUGUUGUAAAAGUAUAUCUAUUGCUAUUAAAGUACCAGUUCUACCAAUUCCUGCACUGUAUUAACAGAAUAAAGAAAUAAAAUUUAUUACAGACCAAUAUCUCUGUAGGAUGCUUAUAAUGUCACAUUAAAAUUUACUGUAUUUUCACCUGCAGUGAACUACAAUAUAUCCUUUGUUAGCUAAAACAUUACGACGUACAAUUUGACAAAAAUUAAUCAUCGAGUCAAAACCUUCUGGAACAUCAUGGUCUGGCCAUUCUUUAAAAUGUAAAUGUGUUAUAUUUCUUUUUUUGUUUUCCUAUAAUAUGUUUAUAGUUAAAGUAUAAUGAAAUAAUGGGCAUUAUUAUAAGUGUUAUAAUCUAUAUAUACAUAUAUAUGAUACCUUUUGUAAGACUAGUGUUCUUUGUGUGUAAGACCUAUAUUCUAACUCACUUGUACAUCUUAUAGUCAUAUUUUCAUAUUUAAAUGUUUCUUUAAUUAUUGGAAAAUAUUGAUAACAUUUUUCCUAUGAAAUAAUAUUUUUAUUAUUCAAUUAUAAUUUUAAUGAUAUGUAUUAAAAAAAAUCUUACUUUGCCUUUUUCAAUUAAUUCAGUCAACAUAACUAUUAUAUUGACAUUAUAUUGCUCUAUCAUUCUCCAAAAAUCAAAUGUAGUUUCUUCUUUUGGACCUUGACAAGCUAUGUAUUCAUCUUCUCCGCUGUAUCCCUAAAAAUAAUGCAUGUGAAAUUGAUAUAAAUUUAAGCAAACACUUAUAAUAAUGUUUUGUUUACUUACUUUGAUAAAGGAUGCAUUAAUGUAAUCAGUAUUGGGAUCAUUAUCAAUGACUUCUAAUUUUACUCUCGAAAAAUCAUCUGAAAAUGUAAAAUGGGCUUAGUAAAGCAUGAGUAUAUUUCCAUAUCUUUUUUACAAAAUUGUAGGUAUUUACAUGGAAGUAUAUCAGAAUAUCUAUUUUUCUUUUUAUUCGCUUGUAAACACGCAGUAUUAGUUGGCAUUUGUAAGUCAACACUGAGAGUUUGUAGCAAUUGAAACUCAUUGCUUAAUUUUCCAGGAUUAUCAAUGAGUUGUUGGCAACGGGCCAUAAAUUUUUUUUUUGAAAAUGGUGCAGGAACUGGUGAUCCAGACAUAUCGGGAUGUAAAAAUCGCCGUAUUAUUCUAAAAAAUAGAUUUUUAUUUUUCAUGCUUCUAUCAAGCAUAUUUUAUGAUCUUAUCUGGUAUUAACUAUCUGUAAAGAAACUUGGUAUAAAAAUGUUAUACUUACACUUGAGGUGAAUAUUUACGAACUAACAACAUCACUGUAGUUGAGAUUCCAAAGAAUAAAAUACCAAAAAUUAUUCCAGUAA